CUGAACUCGACUCUCUAAUGGCUCCUGCACACAGGAGCACGCGAUAAUUAGAUAUCAGUUUCGUUCAAAAAGUACUGACUUUUCCAGUUUAUUCUACUGUAAUUAAAUGUUUAUAAUAGUACAAUUAGUACUGGAGUAGUAAAGCGUGCAAGCGCGAUAUGAGCAAAAAAUUCUGGCGGCAAAGAAGCACUUGACCGCCACGUCGAGCUAAAUGUGGAACGCAGUCUUUAUUGUUUCAUGUUCUGUGGCAAAACUUGCCGCGUUCUGAGCGCGUAUAAGUAAACGAGAAACGUGAGGUCUAUGGGUCAUUUUUGCAAGUAUCUCAGGAAAUAAUCAAGGACUAACAAUGUUUAAUCAAGGCAGCACAUUAAGGACGGGAACAUCAUCCACGUCGAAUCCUAUGCAAGAUUUUGAAGUCGUUUCGCCUCCAGACGAUUCCAUUUCCAGUUUAGCAUUCAGUCCACCAUCAAUUCAACAGAAUUUUCUUGUUGCUGGUUCUUGGGAUAGCAAUGUCCGCUGUUGGGAAGUGGAACAGUCUGGUAAAACUGUACCAAAAUCAAUGCAAAGUAUGGCAGCCCCAGUUUUGGAUGUAUGCUGGAGUGAUGACGGCACUAAGGUAUUCAUGGUAUCAUGCGACAAGACUGCAAAAUGUUGGGAUCUGGCCACAAAUCAAAGUGUACAAGUAGCAGCACAUGAUGCACCAAUUAAAACAUGUCAUUGGAUAAAAGCCAGUAAUUAUUCUUGUUUGAUGACUGGUUCCUGGGAUAAAACAUUAAAGUUUUGGGAUUUGCGUAGUGCUAAACCAGCAAUGGUCAUUAAUUUAUCUGAAAGGUGUUACUGUGCAGAUGUUGAUUAUCCCAUGGCUGUUGUGGGAACAGCUGCACGUGGAUUAAUAGUCUACCAAUUGGAAGGUAGUCCACGUGAAUACAAAACUGUUGAACUAAGUUUGAAAUAUCAGUAUCGUUGUGUAGCAAUUUUCAAGGAUAAGAAGAAAGCUCCAACUGGUUUUGCAAUAGGUAGUACAGAAGGACGUGUUGCAAUUCAUCACUUAAAUCUUAGCUCUAAGGAAAAUUUCACUUUCAAAUGUCAUCGAACAAAUGGAACACCUAAUGGAUAUCAAGACAUCUAUGCAGUCAAUGAUAUAGCAUUUCACCCAGUACAUGGAACUGUGGCUACUGUAGGAAGCGAUGGCACUUUUGGUUUUUGGGAUAAAGACGCACGUACUAAACUGAAAUCAUCAGAAACCAUGGAACAACCCAUCACACGUUGCUGUUUUAAUCAUAAUGGACAGAUAUUCGCAUACGCUGUCUCCUAUGACUGGUCUAAGGGUCAUGAAUAUUAUAAUCCAGCAAAAAAGAACUCAAUCUUCCUGAGACCAUGUUAUGACGAAUUAAAACCAAAAGCUUCACCUUAAAGUUAGUAGAAGUAUAAGGUAAAGUUUAUCAAUCCGCGCCCGUUUUGUGUCUUUUGAGUCGCGACGAUCUUCAUUGGACUUUCCAUUCAAGCUACAUUUUGACCAUAAAUUUGACUAUAAUUUUUGACUGUAAAAAAGACAUGAAAAAUAUUCCAUUAUACAAAUUGAUACAUUGUUAUGUAUAAUGUUCAAUUAAAACUCUAAAAACUUGCAUGUAUAAUUUUAAGUAGUAUAAAAAGCAAAGUAUAAAAAUCGUAUUGCAUAUUUUAUAUAUUCUUUAAAAUGUUAUUUUCAAAUUUUCUCUGUAAUGAUUAAGUACAUAAAUAAAUAUAUUUAAAUAUAAAUAAUAUAUAUAUUUGUCAUGUCCUAUAAUAUUAUGUAUAAAUAAUACAUCACAGUGUGCGCAAUAAUUACUGGCUUGAAUGUAAAGUUAUGUGACAUUGGUAUGACAUGGAACAUAUUACAUGGAUGCUCUGAAUAAUAUAAUAUAAACUCCUUUGAUGUGAAGAUUUGUAGAAUUUUAAGUGAUAACACUUGAUAUUCUUAUUUAAGAUUGUUGAGAUAUAUAAUAUAAAAUAUGUGAUCGACGUAAUACGUAAAAGGUUAUCGCAACUUUUUGUACUCAAGUUAUGACAAAUUGCCAUAAUUUAUAGUGUAAGAAUAUGUUUCAGUAAUGUUAUAAUAUUUAUUUUUGUAUAUGUGAUUGGUUUUUUAUAACACUGAUUAAUAUAACCAAAUGCCAAUGGUAGGAUAUCUAGCUAGCAAAGUAAACUGGUAUUUUAAUCAAAAUCUUUCUCUCUUAUGUUUAUGUAUAUUUUUGAAUAUUAAAUGAGAUUUUGCGUAUAA